CAGGUGGUGUCGUCGAGGAGGAGUUUGAGAACCAAGACGCUACAGGAGACGCUAUUGAUCAAGUAACAGGAGAGACGGACGUGGAGUUCGUCACUGUGUUCGUGGAAGAUUCCACUACGACUGUACCACCAGAUGGCUCCACCACCAUCUCAAAUGAACUGACCACUACAACUCCUACGACCUCAGUUACGACCACCAAUGAACCAACUACUACAAGCAUGACAACCACGACCACAAGUACCACCACAUUAUCGACAUCCACGAUUCCUUCAACUACGACUUCUACAACGACUAUGACAACUACUACUACUCCUCGUCUGUCUACCCCGCUGACGACUACACUGGGGACCUACAGUGAAGGGAAUCGAUGGAUAUGGAGGUCUCGAAACCGUUCACAGCAGCCAACAACCACAACCCAGCUUCCCAUUUUCACCAAUAGCGGUUUUGGUGUGUUCGUUAAUGUCGCCGGGCAAAACAACAACGGGAUCGGGCAGUCCAACAACGGCUUUGGACAAAUUGAUACUAGUGUCAGGCAAACCAACAACGGUUUUGGGCAGACCAGUAGACUAAAACUUGAAGGGGUUAAUGGGGAGGCAAAUACACCAGAUGCAAAGACCGGCACAUUGAGUCCACCAAGAAAUAUGCUCCUUGGAACCUUAAUUCAACAUUACUCCAGUGGAAAAAAGGCAAGUAUCACCAACCCGAGCCCUACGAGCAAUGGUAAUCAGGGCGCACCAACCAACAGGCUAUCGGGCACUGCAGCUCCCGGGUAUAUGAUGCCACAAAAAUUACCAUUCACAGUGUCAGCCCCAACUGACAGACUGGCAACUACGCAGCAAACACAGUCUCAAUUAGGCUCUCCGAGUUCCAAUAAAGAAAGGAUCAGAGAUGGAACUUGGCAAUGGCAAUCAAAGUUCCAGGAGAAGAAUAAUCCUGGAGUGCCACAGUCUGGGACCUCAAGCUACUCGGCCAACACCCACAGGAGGCCCAUCAAUACCGCUUCGAGGAUGUGGACCUGGAAUUGAGCUAACCUGGAAGAGUUACGUUAGAGAGACACUCAUCCCAUGUCUGGCAAAUUCAAAGCCUUUGUUAAUCACUUUUAUGUUGUUAUUUUAUAACAUUUAUAACAUUUUAUAAGCCAUGUAAGUAAAUAUUUCUACUAUAGUAUAACCAAAAGGCAUCAGCCCCUACGAUGGUUUUCACGAGCACAUUAUCAUAUAAAAGUUAGUGCCUCGUGCUGUUGAUCUCGGCUAGUUGGAUAGUAGUCACUAGGAGGCUAAUUUAACGAGGUGCAGCACCGUAUUACGUUUCAUUUGACACCAA